ACAAAAAGAAGAAGAAGAAGAAAAUCGUUUUAAUGUUAAUAUUGAAUCCAGUCUUACUCAAUCUGCUGGUUAAUGGUUAUGUUUGAUUCCUUCAUGGGUUAGUGAGUCUCACUGUGUCUCAUGUUAGUGCAGACAUGCGGGUGGCAGUGAUUGGGGCAGGAGUGAUUGGCCUGUCAACAGCUCAGAGCAUCUAUGAGCACUAUCACUCUAUUGUCAGUCCGCUAACCAUCGAGGUGUAUGCAGACAAGUUCACUCCACUGACCACUAGUGAUGGAGCAGCCGGCUUCUGGCAGCCUUAUCUGUAUGAUAAGGGCAACGUUCAGGAGACAAAAUGGAAUAAAGAGACAUUUGACUACUUGCUCAGCUUUCUCAAGUCACCUGAGUCCAUAAAAAUGGGAAUAUUCCUUGAGUCUGGCUACAACCUUUGCAGUGAACCCGCACCAGAUCCCUCGUUUAAGGACAGCGUUCUUGGCUUCAGGCAGCUCACAGACCGAGAGCUGCAGAUUUUUCCUGGAUACAAGUUUGGGUGGUUCAACACUGCUCUCAUGAUAGAGGGUAAAACAUACUUACCUUGGCUUAUGGAGUGGUUGCGAAAAAGGGGAGUGAAAUUUUAUCACAGGAAAAUAAAGUCCUUCAAGGAGCUGGCUGAAACCGGAGCAGAUGUGAUCAUAAACUGCAGUGGGAUGUGGUCAGGCCAACUGCAGCCAGAUCCAGACCUGAAACCAGGCCGUGGCCAGAUAUUGAAGGUCGAUGCUCCCUGGCUGAAGCACUGGAUUAUUACCCACGAUUUCACCAAAGGAACAUACAAUUCACCAUAUAUCAUUCCAGGAAGUCGUCUUGUGACGCUUGGUGGCGUUUUCCAGAUGGGAAACUGGAGUGAACAGAAUAGCUCUGUCGACCAUAAAGAAAUCUGGGAAAAAGCUUGUCAGCUUGAGCCUAGUCUCAAGCAUGCCAGGAUAGUCGACGACUGGUCUGGCCUCAGGCCAGUUCGCAGCAAAGUCCGACUGGAGAGGGAAGCCAUAUGGUCUGGUGAAACCCCCAUAGAGGUGAUACACAACUAUGGCCACGGAGGUUUCGGACUCACCAUUCACCGAGGCUGUGCCGAGGAAGCGGCGAGGCUCUUUGGUCAGAUCGUGGAACAAAAAGGCAAAGGUCCAAAAGCUCGCUUGUGAAUUGGUGUGCAGAAGUAACGAUUGAUGCUCUUUUUUUUUU